AUGGUUAUAUGUACGUAUGUUUCAUUCUUAUUAGAUGGCAAAUGCCACGAGAGUUUGUCUUUAAUACAUCUAUGCAACCUUGAAGUUAAUCUAGGAAUGGGAAACUAUUUUCACCAUUGACAAAUGUUCCAUUUUCCAUUUUCUGUUCAUGAUUAAUUCAUGAAUUUGAUAAUUUAGCAAGUUGCAUACUUUAUUUGCUAGUUUUUGAAUUCGCGUCCACUAUUCAAUAGUUCAAGCUGCCAAGUGUAAGUAUCAAUUGAUGGCUAUAUUGUUUUGUUUGAAGAAACCUGAAAUAUCGAUUAAAAUGUUUUGUAUUCUUACUAUAGCUAUGUUUCACAUGUAGAUCUUGACACUAGAAAUGUUUCAACGGCUUGGAUUUCUGCUUCAAUUUGGUGACAAAGAUCGUGGAGGAAUCUCUCUGAGCCAGGCGUCACCCUUUUUUGUUAACUCGGAUCCAGAUAUGCCCGCUGCUCCUGUAUCCGUCUCACAGGUCCUAGAUUGGCUUUUGGAAAAUAUCGCUGCUUCUUUAGAGCAACUUGCCGAGAAGCAAUAUGCUAAAGACAAUGGUGCACUAAGUAUAUCAGAUGUAGAUGUUACAAUGACUGAUGCUUGCUCCAAUCAGGGGAAGGGCCAGAGCCCCUCACCAACUGGGACUACGUUGCGAAGUCAGGCUUUUGUGGAGGGCAUAUCUAAAGCAUCUGUGGUCAGGCAAGCUUGUGAUUUAAUAGGAAGUACCGUUAAGGUGAGGACCUGGAAAUUUAACCGCAGAUGUAAGAUUGCCGCAGAUCCGACACUGUAUCUCUUCACAUUUAUACCUUAACCUUUGACUAUUAUUACUCUAAGUUCCUGAAAUGUUUUGAUCUGAUUUUCCAACUUUGACUUCAUUGCUUAGUGUAAAGUUGCGAGCUUACUUUGUGCAGUCGUUCUUGACCUCAAUAUCCCUUAUAUAAUAGUGUGUGGGCCGCACUGGCCACACCUCAAGACCUGUCAAGGCCAUGGGGAAUCGAAGUUAGAUUCUGGUAGAAAAAAAAUCCUAUAUAUCUAAUCCAAAUGUAUAUGUUGGGAUAGAUGUACACUACGUGCCAAACUAAGUUUUUUUCUACUAAUACUAGUUCUUCCUAUAUGAUAUAGGAAUACGCUCUAACAACAAUAAACACUCGAUUGUUGUAAGAAAACGAUAGGAGCUAAAGGUCUUUGUCUUGCUGUAUGUCUGACCUGGCUUGCUUGAGAUAUCCGCCAAAGAGAAUUCCUCUUAUAAGCGGGCCCCUAUAAAAUAAUAUUUUUUUGUUUGUUUUUCCUGUCCAAGUUUUAAUUCUUUACUUUUGUCUAAGUGUAAAAGAAAAAUGAAAUAACGCCAUAUCUCAUUUCCGUUUGACAGCUUUGUUCCCGAAAUUGUCUAAAAAAGGAACUAGUGCGAAGCUAG